GCAAGAGACGCAUUAGUUUGUACUGAGUAACAAGCUUUCACAUCGCAUCAUGUCUGGACGUGGAAAAGGUAUCGGAGGCAAGGCUAAAGCGAAGCCUAAGAGUCGCUCCUCCCGGGCAGGACUCCAGUUCCCGGUCGGUCGCGUCCACAGGCUGCUGAGGAAGGGCAACUAUGCGGAGCGUGUGGGUGCCGGCGCCCCCGUCUACCUGGCGGCUGUGCUGGAGUACCUGACUGCUGAAAUCCUGGAGCUGGCUGGAAACGCUGCCCGCGACAACAAGAAGACCCGCAUCAUCCCCCGUCACCUGCAGCUGGCUGUCCGCAACGACGAGGAACUCAACAAGCUGCUGGGCGGAGUCACCAUCGCUCAGGGCGGCGUGCUGCCCAACAUCCAGUCGGUGCUGCUGCCCAAGAAGACCGAGAAGACCGGCAAAGCCAAGUAAAGGAUCCACAUCCUGCAGAGAACCAACGGCUCUUUUCAGAGCCACACACUCCCAAUGAGCGUCUGUCCCUUUUAAUGAGUUAUAGUAUUUAACUGGGCUAAAAAAUAAGUCCUUGGCAGAAGAGAAAAAAUAAAUAAAACUUUGUGCAUCUCGUGUACAAAAUAAGUCAUUAAAAUAGUCUCUUGGGUCAAUGUAGUGGUGUUGCAGUGAAAUUACCUUUUAUAAGGAUGGUGUAGUGCCCCUUGUAUAGAAAAGAAAUAUAAAAAUAUUUGUGACGAGGGUGUCUGUCAUUUCUUAUUUCUGCAGUUGAGACUGAAGUCUGACCUGCCAUUCAGAUUCUUACUGAACUCCAUUUAUUUCUAUAAACUGCAUUUUUCAGAAAAAUACUUUCUACCUGAAUGUUCUUUAAAAAUGAACACUAGUUCUCACAUUAA